CCUAAGUAAGAACAGAAGUUGUUUAACAUAAUAAACUAGCUAACGUUACUGUAAACUCGCUAGGCACAUUCUAACACCUGAGGUCCCUGAAGUGAAUAGCUGCAUCAAUUUGUCCACCGGUACUUUACGUUGUUAAAUUCUUGUUUUUCAACUGGUAGGAAGCGGCUACACGAGCGAAAUGCGCGCUCUCAACCAUCUUCUUUGGGGUUAUUGGUGAACUAGACGCAAAAUAUGUAUUGUCGCCAGCAACUGGACGGGGAUGAAACAAUUCACGAAAGAAAAGUAAAUUACACUACGGGGAAGAUACAUUUAACAUGGAUCCACACAAACAACGAAAUAAUAACAAAUAUAUACUUCAGUCGCUCGAAACCUCAAAUCCCAUGUUCAGGCUCUGGUGCCUGAUAUGGUUGGACCACACACGUCAGUAAUCUAUGUAGCUCAUCAAAUGUUAAACGCAUAAAUUGUUCAACUAAAGAAACAAUAUCAUUAGGAUAUUUAUUGAUUUAUUUUUCAAUUAGCCCCGUGCCGUUUAUCACCAUUGCUACAAAAGCGACAGUCGCGCUCUCAUCCAAAAUCAGUCACCCUCUCAACAUUACGUUUUACUUCACGCGAUGGGGAUCCGCUAAACAACUUGUUCAGCCAAUGAGAAAGUAGUCGAGCCUACCUGCCCACGCUCUUUUAACCUUUCUAGGUACGUUUUGAUAUUUCUUUCAUUCUGCACGGAGAAGAGUGACCUAGAAGUGUGAUUUGUUUAUACGUUAUUCGAGUUCACAGUUGUCCAAAGCAAAGAGCCAUGGUUCAAUCCAAGACCUGGGUCCUGGCCCGUCACUUUGAAGGCUUCCCGGAGGACAGCAACUUUGAGCUGAAGCUGGAGCAGCAGCCAGAGCCUAAAGAUGGAGAGGUGCUUCUCGAGGCACUGUUUCUCAGUGUGGAUCCAUACAUGAGACCAUUCAGCCGACUGCGUAUGAAAGAGGGGGGAGUGAUGAUCGGAACUCAAGUGGCCAAGGUGAUCCAGAGCAACAACUCAGCCUUCCCAAUUGGGUGCCAUGUGGUUGGUAGAUGUGGCUGGAGGACACACACUGUGUCUGAUGGGACAGGCCUGACACGCCUUCUGUCUGACUGGCCACAGGAGGUCCCCAUGUCCCUGGCUCUGGGGGCCAUCGGCAUGCCUGGGUUAACAGCCCUGUACGGUCUGGAGGAGGUGCUGGGGCUGCAGGCUGGAGACACCCUCCUGGUGAACGCUGCAGCUGGGGCCGUGGGCUCCACUGUGGGCCAGAUCGCUAAGAUCAAGGGCUGCAGGUUGGUGGGCUCCACCGGGUCUGACGCCAAGGUGGCCUUCCUCAAGGAGCUGGGCUUCGAUGAGGCCUUCAACUACAUAACAGUCAGCUCUCUGGAGGAGGCCCUGAAGAGUGCCUCACCUGACGGAUACCACUGCUUCUUUGAGAACGUGGGAGGCCCUUUCUGUAGUGUGGCCAUCCCUCAGAUGAAGGAGUUUGGAAGGAUAGCCUUGUGCGGGGGCAUCUCAACAUACAAUGAAACCAUUCCACAAACAGGCCCCUACCCCCACCUGACCAUGAUCUUUAAGCAGCUGAAGAUGGAGGGCUUCCUGGUGGGCAGGUGGGAGCAUAAGAACCAAGAGGCUCUGAGGAGACUGAUGGCCUGGAAGAGGGAGGGGAAACUGCAGUGUCGUGAGCAUGUCACUCAAGGCUUUGAGAACAUGCCUGCUGCCUUUAUGGGAAUGCUGCAGGGAGAAAACAUUGGAAAAGCCAUUGUUAGAGUAUCCAUUGAAGCCAUCUAAACUUUAUCAUUGGAUUAGAAUUCAAGGAACAUUCCCAUAGGAAAGCCUAACUAUAACCAUGACACUGCAUUCUGAAAUCAUUUUUCUAAUUUGCAUUCGUAGCACAACCUUAUUAUACAUUCACAUCAUAGUCCGUCCUUGAAUCCAAAUGUUUACUUUGUAUGAAGUAUUAAAGUGUUUUUAUGGC